UCCUUCUCCCUUCCUCUCUGUAAAAAAAUCAAUAAAAUGUAUUAAAAACAAAAACAAAGAACAUGGAUGUUGUAGCCCACAGUGCUCGCUCCCGCCCCUGCACUCUCGCCACAUCAUGUGCACUAGCGGUCCUUGUCCUCCUCCUCCUCCAUGUGGCUAACUCCUAAGACCUCAGCCUUCCCAGCCUCCCCAAGUCCCGUCCCCAAUUCUGUCCUCACAGCUCCAUGUUCCCAGUGUCAAAGCACAGUCACUACUGGGCAUUCCCAUUCAUUGGUGGGACACUGAACCUCCUGGGCUCCAGCAAGGCCUAAGUCCUUUCUAGUUCACCAAUGCAUCCCAGCACCUGGAACGAACCCUCAAAUGCCUAUGGGGUGAAUGGACAAAUGGGGGCUCAAAUUUAUGGAGAAAACCAAAGCUCAGAAGUGACCUUCCCAGAGUCUACAGAUCUCUGACCCACAGGACUGCCGGUGAGACUUCUGCUGGAGGUCCUCUGGUCCAACCUAACACUCCGCCCCCAACACACCAGGAGUCCCUGCCUCUGCGUGCACAUCUUGGGCAAAGCUGCCUGCUCCACAUCCCUGCAUGAUGCUGAGACCUGCCUCCUCCACCACGUCUUCCAAGAACCAAAGAAGCCCACUGUCCGGAAAAGAGCAGGUUAAGGGGCAGAGAAUCCACAACGUGGGUCCGUGGAUCAGUCAAGAAUGAAGACGUCCAGGAGCACUCCAGAUAGAACAUUUGGGGCACAGGAGAAAGUGGGGGCGGGGUCAUCCUCACUCAGCUGUGAGGACAGAACUGGGUCCUGGCCUGCAAAUCCUCACAGCCAGCCCCUUCUGGGACACAAAGGAGUGAGUACUGGUCAGUUAGGCCAAAAAGAUCCCCCAGGAGAAAGGGACCCUCAGGGAGGCCUGGCUGCUGGAGGGCAGUCACCACUGUGGGCUCAUCCUGCUGGGACCAGUCAUUCCUGCCUGGCACCUGGACUCUGGCUGUCCUGCCACUGCCAUCUUCCACAUGGACCUCCAGACACAUACUCCAAGUGCAUCCAUAGAGCUGUGCUCUGGGCAACAUGUUACAUCUGCCUGCCAUGUCUUGCCGCUUGUCACCUGGUGGAUGGAGCGGUGUUGACCCUCUGCAUGCCAGCUCCACUGUCAGCCCCUGACCACCCACACAGAAGCAGGUCUUCCUUCGUCUCCCCUGAACACAGAGUACAUGGCACACCUGUCCUGACAACUUGCUACGUGUGGGCAUGGGAUGCCUGUGACAGGAAACCAAUGAACAGCAGGGCUUUCAAACUACCUAAGGUGUAUACAGGAGGCCACAUUUUCCAAAGCAGAACUCCACACACGUGCCCUGAAAUAAGGUUUUCACAUUGUUUCCAGGCGCAAAGGACAGUUUCAGAGACGCAAACAAUGCUUUCCCAGGGUUCCAACAGCUGCAACGUGCCACUCCUCACAAAGGCCCACACUGACAUAAUCCACCAAGGUGCUUGCUCCUAACAGGGUGCUGGCUCUCAGCACCCAGGCUCCGCCCAGGCCCUGCCCAAUCACUGACCAGCACACUAGCCCGUUGUCUCCCUCUGUCACCCAGAACCCCCAGGCCCACCCUAGUCCAGCCUCCUAUUGCCUGGUCAAAGGUACUGGCCUCCACUCGUCCCAAAGCCUAGUCUCUAUGCUGCCAUCGCAAACUGUGACUUGGGCCACAGCUCUUCUUGCCCUGCGCCCUGCAAUGGCUGCCCAUCCCUCAGGGAAGAGCCCCCACUUACCUUUCCCCCCACCUCCCUCCUGUCUGUGGGACUCAGCCAUUCCCAAAACAAGCCCUCUCCUCUCUCAGACUCUUUCCUACCUGGAUGCCUAUCACCUCCUCUACCUGACUCUCAACCCAUCCUCCAGGCCUGCCCCAGUCCUCAGAGCACAUCUGCCAGUCUGGGGCCUGCAGCAUCCCAGAGCCUGCCUGGCCUUCCACCCCACACACGUCCUGCUCACUACAGCACUCACCCACCCAGCCCUCUACCCCAAACAGAAGCUGCUCUUGUCCACUAAGCUUAGAACCACUGCCAGCCUGGCCAGACCAGAGCAGUCCCUCCCAGACACCGCCAGUUCUGAGGACACAAGCCAUAGAUGGAAUUUUCUCCACACAUCCAAGAAGCUGCAGGAAACUAACCCUAAUAAGACGGGAACUAACCCAGGGUCAGUCCCGACAGCCAGGAAAGGAAAACUAGCAUGGGACUGGCAUCCCUGGGCAGCCGCCACCUUCGGCCUGACUCGUGACAGGGAAGCCCCGGCAAGGAGGAGCAGGGACGGUUACCACAGUCCUAGGUGCUGGCUCCCUUAAGUGGGUGGGGAGUAAGCACUCCUGCCACGCCAGCUGGCUUCCAGGGUUCCAGGGGCCCUGUUCCCCCCGGCCCAGUUCUCACUCCCGGCUGCCUGGCUUUAUGACUUCACAUGCUGAAGUCACGUGGAGAUAAUGCUGAGCAUUCCACUAGUCCAGGGCAGCCCAGCCAGACGGCUCCCCACACUGUAAAUGAGGACAAUGCCUGCUGGCCCACGUGGGGAGGGGAUGUAGAGGGCAGUGGCGCCCGCCACUCCUGGCACCAUGGAUGAUGCUGCGGUCCUAAGGAAAAAGGGUUACAUCGUGGGUAUCAAUCUUGGCAAGGGCUCCUACGCAAAAGUCAAAUCAGCCUACUCUGAGCGCCUCAAGUUCAAUGUGGCGGUCAAGAUCAUUGACCGCAAGAAAACGCCCUCCGACUUUGUGGAGAGAUUCCUUCCUCGGGAGAUGGACAUCCUGGCGACUGUCAAUCAUCGCUCCAUCAUCAAGACCUACGAGAUCUUCGAGACCUCAGAUGGGCGAAUCUACAUUGUCAUGGAGCUUGGGGUCCAGGGCGACCUCCUCGAGUUCAUCAAGUGCCGGGGAGCCCUGCAUGAGGAUGUGGCACGCAAGAUGUUCCGCCAGCUCUCCUCAGCCGUCAAGUACUGCCACGACCUGGACGUCGUCCACCGAGACCUCAAGUGCGAGAACCUUCUCCUUGACAAGGACUUCAACAUCAAGCUGUCCGACUUCGGCUUCUCGAAACGCUGCCUGAGAGACUGCAGCGGGCGCAUCAUCCUCAGCAAGACCUUCUGUGGGUCGGCGGCAUAUGCGGCCCCAGAGGUCCUGCAGGGCAUCCCCUACCAGCCCAAGGUCUAUGACAUCUGGAGCCUGGGUGUGAUCCUCUACAUCAUGGUCUGUGGCUCCAUGCCCUACGACGACUCCGACAUCAAGAAGAUGCUGCGCAUCCAGAAGGAGCACCGCGUGGACUUCCCGCGCUCCAAGAACCUGACGGGUGAGUGCAAGGACCUCAUCUACCGCAUCCUGCAGCCGGACGUCAACCGGCGGCUGCACAUCGACGAGAUCCUCAGCCACUCGUGGCUGCAGCCCCCCAAGCCCAAAGCCAUGUCUUCCGCCUCCUUCAAGAAGGAUGGUGAGGGCAAGUAUCGGGCCGACUGCAAACUGGACACGCGGCCAGGCUCAUGCCCCGAGCACCGGCCCGAGCACCGGCCCGAUCACAAGCUGGGGGCCAAAACCCAGCACCGGCUGCAUGUGGUGCCCGAGAAUGAGGACAAAAUGGAGGACAGGCUGGCCGAGACCUCCAAGGCAAAAGAACACCAUGUCUCCGGAGCCGGAGCCGAGGUGGGGAAGGCAGGUACCUAGGGUGCAGAUGGCUGGGGGGCGUGGUGCACAGUGGCGCCCACGUAAACUAAGUAGGCAGGUAGGAGCUGAAGAAGGCACAGGUGCAAGGAACAAGUAAAAUCUGUCAAUUAAACCACUAUUUUGAUUACGUUCUAUUAGCUUUCUUCUACUUGGUAGCAAAGACAUUA